AUGGCACUGGGCCCUCCGCCCGAGGAGGGCACUGUGACCGUCAUGGUGCGUGUGCGGCCCUCUGCCCCGUGUGAGCGAGAGCGGGCUGCACACCCCGUCCUGCGCGUCGUCGACCAGAACAUCCUCAUCUUCAACCCCGAGGAGCCCAGCGCUCCCUCUGGCAGCGUGGUGUCCACCCGUGGGCCCAAGCACCAGGGCAAGGACCUGAAGUUUGUCUUCGACCGGGUUUUCGGGGAGAGAGCGACUCAGGAGGAGGUGUUCCAGCACACCACCCACAACGUGUUGGACAGUGUCCUCAAUGGCUACAACUGUUCUGUGUUUGCCUACGGCGCAACUGGAGCAGGAAAAACCUACACCAUGCUGGGCUCGGAGAAAAACCCCGGCAUCAUGUACCUCACCAUGGUGGAGUUGUACAAGAAGAUCGAAGCCAGAAAGGAGGAGAAGAGCUGCGAGGUCCUCGUCUCCUACCAGGAGGUGUACAACGAACAGAUUCACGACCUGCUGGAGCCCAAGGGCCCUCUGGCCAUCCGGGAGGAUCCUGAGAAAGGAGUUGUGGUUCAGGGUCUCUCCUUCCACCAGCCCUCGUCGGCAGAGCAGCUCCUGGAGAUGUUGGCCAACGGCAACAAAAACCGGACGCAGCACCCCACUGAUGCCAACGCCACCUCCUCCCGCUCGCAUGCCAUCUUCCAGAUCUACGUGAAGCAGCAGGACCGCGUUGGCGGCCUCGCUUGCGAUCUGCAAGUGGCCAAGAUGAGCUUGAUCGACCUGGCAGGCUCGGAGCGAGCUUCAGUCACCAACGCCAAGGGAGAGCGGCUCCGGGAGGGUGCCAACAUCAACCGCUCACUGUUGGCCCUCAUCAACGUCAUCAACGCGCUGGCCGAUGCAAAGAGCAAGAAAACUCACAUCCCCUACCGGGACAGCAAGCUCACGCGCUUGCUGAAGGACUCCAUUGGUGGCAACUGCCGCACCAUUAUGAUCGCCGCUGUCAGUCCCUGCGCGCUGGCGUACGAGGACACCUACAACACGCUCAAGUACGCCAGCCGGGCCAAGGAGAUCAAGCUGUCGCUGAAGAGCAACGUGCUCAGCUUUGACUGCAACACUAGUAAAUACGCCGUGAUCUGCGAGCAGCUGAAAGCAGAGGUGGCAGAUCUGCGGGCAAAGCUCCGUGCCUAUGAGGACACUGCCCGGGAGGCAGAGAACCAGGUGCUGGCGCCACUGGCUCCACUCAACUCGAGCCUGGUGGAGCUGCCCAGGUUGGAGGAAGCCGUCCCGAAGACGUGCCUUGCUCUGGAUGAUGAGGUGGAGCACAAUGGAGAGCAGCGGGAGCUGGAAGCGGGGUGGCCUGUUCAGCCGCAGCUGGAAUCGGUGGAGGAGGCUCCAGAGGAAAUGCCCCCCAGCAGCCCCACGGCAACCCACCAGACAGAUGUCCAGCUGGAACCGAAGACGCCAAACUGCCUUCUACAGGGAUUGUCCGGCAGCCGGAGAGAGACGCUUAUAGCUGCUAUCCUGAGAGUUGCCCGAAAGCAAUAUUCCCUCCUGAAGGCUGCCAACCUCCUAACUCCUGACAUGGUCUCUGAAUUUGAGGAAAUGGAGCGCCUGGUCCAUCGGGAGGCUGAUGUAAGCCUGGAGCAACCCAUGUCUCCCAACAGACCCUCGGAGGUCAGCGGGGCCACCGCAGCCCAGAAUAUGCAGCAGAGCUGUGACGCAGAGGCGUCUGUCGCCAUGCCCGGUGCCCCUGUGACAAGCGCUGCCCUGCAAUGCUCGCAGCAGCUCACUCCGCUCUCCAGUCCCACGCCAACAGCUCUCAGCCCAAUUAAGAAGAGGAGGAGGUCUGAGAUGAACGCCGCUUCCCAAUCGGAAGCUCCCCGCAGCCUCGAAACGCGGAUAAAACGCCAGCGGAGAGGUGGGAAAGAAGCAGAGACUCCCAGGGUGAUGCAGAACCCAGGCAGCCCCUGUCUCAAAGCGGCAGCCCAGGCACCCCCCGUCUCCUCAGUGCCAUCGUGUUACACCUCCAAAAUCUGCCCGCUGACGGUCACCAAAAGCCGCGUGCCCCUGGCGAUGUCGGCUGCCCAAAACUGCACCCUGCCUGCCGUGCCCAUCCACGACCUGAACGUGACUUUUGACGUCUCCGAGGACGACGGGUCACCUGACGCAGUUGUGCCGGUUGCCAUCAGCCUGUCUGAAUUCCCGGUCUGGGAGAACAUCCAGAGCCUCCAAAACAAGCAGGACAGCCCCGUCAUGCCCAGAGCCUGUGUCCCGGUGUUUCCCGUGAAGAGUUCCUCCAUCCCAAAGCCAUCCUCGCUUUCCAAAGCACCCACGCGGAAACGGAAGCGAGCGGAGAGCACCGUUUCCCACUCCCUGGGUGGGCUCCAGAGCCGCAUCCCCCAAGUCCCGAGCAGCAGCAAGAGACCUGCGCAGCCCUCCUGCCUCCCGGGUGAGCCCUGCGCCCCUCCGCUCCCCAGCAGCCAGCCCUGCCUCGGGGCAGGCAGCAAACUGCGGCUCCCAUCUGAGCGGAUGGACUUCUCGCUGGCCGCGACGCUCAACUCGGAGUUCAGGGAGACGCGCACCAACGAGAAGGUGGAGAUGAUGGAACUCAACGACCGCUUCGCCAGCUACAUCGAGAAGGUCCGGCUCCUGGAGCAGCAGAACAAGGUGCUGGUGGUGGAGCUGAACCAGGCGCGGGACCAGGAGCCCUCGCAUCUGGCCGACAUCUACCAGGAGGAGCUGCGUGACCUGCGGCGACACGUGGAGCAGUUGGCCACUGCCAAGGCCCGUCUGGAGAUCGAGAGGGACAACCUUGCUGAGGACCUUGGCACCCUCCAGCAAAAGCUGCAGGACGAGGUGACCCUGCGCCUGGAGGCCGAGAGCAACCUGGCUGCCUACAGGCAGGACGUGGAUGCCGCUGCAUUGGCUCGCCUGGACCUGGAGCGGCGGGUGGGGCCCCUGCAGGAUGAGAUCGCCUUUCUCCGCAAGGUCCACGAGGAGGAGCUGCGGGAGCUGCAGGAGCAGCUGGCCCGGCAGCGGGUGCACGUCGAGGUGGACGCGAGCAAGCCGGACCUGACAGCCGCCUUGCGUGACAUCCGCAGCCAGUACGAGGCCAUGGCCGCCAGCAACGUGCAGGAGACCGAGGAGUGGUACAAGUCCAAGUUCGCGGACCUGACGGAUGCGGCCGCCCGGCACACGGAGGCCCUGCGUGCAGCCAAGCAGGAGGCCAACGAGUACCGGCGCCAGCUCCAGGCCCUCACCUGUGACCUGGAGGCUCUGCGGGGUUCGAAUGAGUCCCUGGAGAGGCAGCUGCGGGAGCUGGAGGAACGCUAUGCCCUGGAGACAGCAGGCUACCAGGACACGGUGGUGCGGCUGGAGGAGGACAUCCGCAGCCUCAAGGAGCAGAUGGGCCGGCACCUGCAGGAGGACCAGGAUCUGCUCAAUGUCAAGUUGGCCCUCGACGUCGAGAUUGCCACGUACCGCAAGCUGCUGGAGGGAGAAGAGAGCAGGAUCACCAUCCCCGUGCAGAGCUUCUCCAACCUGCAGAUCCGAGAGACCAGCCUGGACACUAAAUCCAUGUCAGAAGCCCAUGUGAAGAGGAGCAUCGUGGUCAAAACUGUGGAGACCAGAGAUGGAGAGGUGAUCAAGGAGUCCAAGCAGGAGCACAAGGAGGUGAUGUAG